AUGUUUCAAAUUGGGGGCCUCAUUGUCUUCUGUGGGCUGCUGGCCCAGACCACAGCCCUGCUGGACACCCUGCCCUUGCCCCUGGAUCCGACCCUGCUUUUGGAGGGGACUCCAGCCCAGGACCUAAGUCCCAUAGGUCUUGCUGGAAGCUUAACAGAUGCCCUCAGCACUGGCCUGCUCUCUGAGGGUCUGUUGGGCAUUCUCGAAAACCUUCCACUCUUGAACAUCCUGAAGACUGGAGGAGGCACUUCUGGUGGCCUGCUGGGGGGCCUGCUUGGGAAAGUGACUUCAGUUGUCCCCCUCCUGAACAAAAUCAUUGAUAUGAAGAUCACUAAUCCCCAGCUGCUGGAACUAGGCCUUGUGCAGAGCCCAGAUGGUCAUCGUCUCUAUGUCACCAUCCCUCUGGGCAUAACCCUCAAUGUGAACACGCCCCUGGCCGGACGUCUGUUAAAGCUGGCUGUGAAACUAAGCAUCACCGCACAAGUGCUAGCUGUGAAAAACGAAGAGGGGAAAAUUCACCUGGUUCUUGGUGACUGCACUCACUCCCCCGGGAGCCUGCAAAUCUCCUUGCUUAAUGGAUUUGCUCCCCUCCCUGUUCAAGGCCUUGUCAAUGGUGUCGGCAGCAUCUUGAACCAAGUCCUUCCUGGGCUAGUACAGGGCGAGGUGUGCCCUCUGGUCAACGAGGUUCUCAGUCAGCUGGAUGUCACCUUGGUGCAUUCCAUUGCUGACUUACUGAUCCAUGGGCUGGAAUUUGUCAUCAAGGUCUAAGCCUUCCAGGAGGGACCCAGCGUCUGUUGAACUGCUGCUGAGGGCUCACGGGAGGCAGACCCAUGUCCUGGACAGUGACACGGCCACUAUUUGGGGACCAGAGCAGCCUUCUCUCCAAGGAAACUGCUCUCCCCCACUCCGCCACCAGGCAUGUGUUGCAGCCCACCUUCCUCACCAAAUAAAGUUGCUCUUUCUCUGCA